AUGCCUUGUGCGGAAGGUGAACUGUGCCUUCAACAAGACAGGACGCCGCAACCCCCUCAUGGCCACCCCUGCAAGGGGGGAUGUGGCGGGCGGCUCCACGGCAAUUGCGGCAGCGUGUUUGAGGACAACGAGCAGCACCGCAUCUGCAGCACGUGUGUCGCCAGGACUAGCAAGCGCAAAGCGACACCAGCUAAGGGUGUUGGGGCGGGACCAUCUAAACGCCAGAAGCAGACGAGCGGGGGAAGCAAGAAGGGAACGGGUUCUCGUGCGCGGCUGGACAACAACAAGAAGCUCGAGAUUCUGAAGAUGCUGGAUCAGAAGGUGUCUCACGCACAGAUUGCAGACCGCUUCAAGUGCUCGCUUCGGUUUAUUGGGACCGUGAAGGCUGGCCGGCAGAAGGUGGAGACAGCAACUGCUGCAGGCUGCGGCAGCCAGAAAACUGCACGCAAAGGAGAUUUUCCGGAGGUGGAUGAGAUAGCUCUUGAUCUACUCGACAAAGCCCGGAAGGCCAAGAUGCCCGUCACACGCCAUGUCCUUCGAAGCUUCGGCCAUUCUGCCAGGGCAACCCUGCUGGCUGACACCGCAACUUCUGCAGCACUGAGGGUGAGGGUCGAGGACUUCAAGGCCGGCAAGAGGUGGGCGAAGAACUUCGUGAAGCGCAACAAGAUCCAGAGCGUGAGACUUUAUGACGAGGCUGGUAGCGUCGACAAGGAGGCCAUCAAGGAGCGCAUGGACGGAAUCAGGGCCCUUUGCGAGAAGUACCCAGCUAGGUUCAUCUUCAACGUCGACGAGACAGGACUCCAGUGGAAGCUCAUGCCCAGGCGCACGUACCUUUCCACCUCGGAGGAUCGGAAGACGGCGCGGGGCUCAAAGAGCAUGCACUUCAAGGACCGACUGUCUGCCAUCAUGUGCUGCAAUGCCGACGGCACUGCGAAGGUUGACAUGGCCAUCAUCGGGAGGGCAAAGGAACCCCGCUGCUUCAAGAACGGGGGUUCACCUCUGAAGUACUUCUCGCAGACCAACGCGUGGUCCGACUCCGCGACGUUCCUCAAGUGGUGGCUUGACGUCUUCGUCCCGUUCGUUCGGCGCUUCACUCACGAACCUGUGCUGCUGCUGAUGGACGGCUGUUCGUCUCACAGUGAUCUAGUGGAUGAUCGCGGGCAAGUUACCGUCAAGACCUACCCUCCGCUGUGCACCGCCGUACACCAACCCAUGGAUUUGGGGGUCAUCGCCAAGACGAAGGUCAACUACAGGAAGGAGCUGCUCGAUGUGAAGACAUCAACCAUGUUGGUGGCUGACACACUUCGCGCCCAGGCCAAAGCCCGCAAGAUGAAUGCCGGGACAAUGGGGCUAGCGCAAGGGCACCAACCUCACGUGCGGGACGCUGCUGAACUUCUCCAGAAAGCAUGGGCCAGCGUCACCGCCCAAGACAUCGCCAGGUGCUUUGUCAAAGCCGAGACGGUUCCGGAGGAGAUGGCGGCUGAGCUCACCAAGCAACACGGAAAGACCCGGUUCAACGUCGCCGAGCCUGACCUGAAGGCUCUCGCAGAGACUGUCAACACGCUGAGCACGAGCGUGCAGGACGCGCAGAAGCAGGGAUCCCGCGUCGUGGACGGGGAGAUCAGCGAACUGUUGGCAGAACUCAACAUCGAACCCGGAAAGCCGGUCGCGGGGGAAGCGAUGGCCGCGAUUUAGGGGUGGGUUACCAUCGAGGACGACGAGGAGGUGGUAGAGGCUCUUCGAUUGGACGCGGUGGAAGACAUGACAGCACUGCUGGCUGGAACGAACUUGUCUACCGGCGGCGACGACGAGUAGGACGAACAGAACCAGGGCGGCGGCGGUGAGAACACGGGGCGCGAGCGCCGUGCCCCAUGU